UGCAUGCGUUAUUCCCAUUCAUUUUUAAUCACUUGCGUGGGCCAUACAUCCGCACGUGAUUGUUAUAAAUAUAUAACAAAACUAAUUACUGAUAAUUUUAUUAUGAACACAUUAGUGACACAAACAGUUUGCGGCACUUUUGCGUAGAACUUUAUUUGUAGUGUUUAUUUUUUUUUUAAAAAAGUGUUUUUUUUUUUGUGAAAAUGAGGUGUGAGUGGCCAGAACUUACUAAAUGUUGUUUUUGUUUACCAUUGCGAAAGGGUUUGCUAGCGUGGGGAUAUUUUAAGUUGAUUAUAAACCUGAUGUUGACUGGAUUGAUGUGCACACAUCUAUGCGAGAUAAUAAUGUAUCAUCGCCGUGUGUCGAUACCUGGCAUUUGUGUUCUAAUAUCUAUUAUUCUAGCAUUUGUUGUAGACGCUAUAUUCCAAAUCAUAUUUAUCGUCAGCGCUCAUAAGAAAAACUACAAAUACAUCCGAUGUUACUUCAGAUAUAACCUAGUGGUUCUAGGUGCAGUGUGUAUCUGUUCGUUAGUCUACAUCAGCUAUUUACUGUACGCGCUAAGAGAAUAUGUAUUCGUCAUUUUCUUCCUACCGUUUGCCAUGCCUAUGCUACUGUUUAUAAUAUUUUAUCAAUUCGUCCACUUAUACUUCCUGAUAUUAUCAAGAAGUGAAUUCAAGAAACUGAAGAAUAAUGCAAAAUUCGAAUUCGUAAAUCAGUUGGAAGAAGCCAGAUGUACUGCUGAUAUUGCUUCUGCGACGAUCGCCUAAUUCCUGCAUUCCCGCCUGAUAUAUUUAACUAGUUGUGCCAUGCGGUUUUAAUCGCAUUGCUCCGCUCCUAUUGGUCUAAGCGUGAUUAUAUAUAGCCCAUAGCCUUCCUCAAUAAAUGGGCUAUCUAACACUGCAAGAAUUUUUCAAAUCGGAAGAGUAGUUCCUGAGAUUAGCGCGUUCAAACAAACAAACGCUUCAGCUUUAUAAUAUUAGUAUAGUAGAUUUUGCAAUGGCAACAAUCGCUUAUAAUAUUAUGGCAAAUAAAAGCUCUUAUUUACAUACUUGUGACUAGCAAAUAGUCAUCUUCUUGCCAUAAAGAGAAAAAAAAACGUAACCAACGUAACGUAAAUACAAAAUAUAGAGGUAUUUUGUCUGCAUAAAAUUUGAGUGCUUUUGAUCAUGAUUAGUUAGUAUUAUAUUGUCUGGUUAGAGCAAUCUCUCAAUGAUAAUAUUAUGGAGAGUAGAGGUAGUAUUUAUAGUUGUAUAUAUUAUCGUAGUAGUAGAGGUAAGGAAAAUAAUCUCAUAAUAUUAUGUACUAUGAAGUAAACUGAAAAAGUGUAUGUCUGAAUAUGUCUGAUAAGAGAAUGGUUCAAAAAGAGAGAUUGUUCUCUCUUUUGAAAUAGCGCUGUUUUGAAAAAGUUUUUAUAUAAUGUGAACUUAGCACUUUGGCACUAUUUGUUUACUAUUUAAUACUGUUUCGUUACACUUAUUAUGAAAAUUCUAAUAUUUGUUAAGCGCUAUUUCUAUGUUUAUAGUUAUUACAUUUCUAAGUAAGUUAAAGAUUAAUAAAAUAUUAUUCGAUACAA